CGGACGGGAGGACCGUGUCGCUGGCCGGCUUCAGGGUGUCGUCAGGAGGCGGAGUGUCUCUGCCCAUGGCAGCUCAAGUCAGCGGCAAGCAGUCCACGGACCCGUCGGCGGGGACAGGGUCUCUGUCGGGCGGGGUGACCGUGGUGGGGCGGCAGAACGUGCUGGGGCUGUGCUACGCGGACAUCAGAGGGGGGCAGUGCGUGGAGCCACUCGGGGGAAACGCCAGGGUGACGCAGGCAGAAUGCUGCAAGACGUUCGGCAAAGGCUGGGGCGAUUCCUGCUUCAUGUGUCCACACAUGUUAGGACAAGUUGAUGGCUGCCCAGCUGGUCAUCAGAGGAACCAGACAACAGGGGCUUGCGCCGACAUUGAUGAAUGUAAGGCGUUCCCGUGGCUGUGUGAGAACGGGCGGUGUACCAACAACCCCGGCAGCUUCCACUGCAAGUGUCGGGCGGGUUACAUGAUGGACGCCACCGGCACCAGAUGUAUCGCGGAGAUGCGCGGACGCUGUUACAGUGACGUGCCCACGAACAGAGGCGUGUGUGGGGUAGACCUGACGGGACUGGCCAUCACUAAGCACGUGUGCUGCUGUACCAUCGGGGAGAGCUGGGGCGCUCAGUGCGAGAGCUGCCCCGACCCAAACUCACAAAACUUCAAAUGGCUGUGUCCCGGAGGUCUGGGCUUCCAGAGGAGGACAAGAUACGUCGGAGGCGUGCGGACAGACGGAUCCACCAGAACAGAUCAAGUGGUGGACAUGAACGAGUGUUCGACUAUCGCGAACAUCUGCCGGCACGGACGAUGUUUCAACACAGUCGGUUCGUACUACUGCCUCUGCAACCCUGGGUACCGGCUGGAGAGCUCAAGGACUAAAUGCGUAGGGCUGACAUUGAAAGGUUACGUACGAGGCCCGAAACUCUGUUCCAAAGAGUUAGAGGAAAUAAGACCGGCCGGCGACGGGGUGUCAGUUGGCGUGUUAACUCAAGUUCUCUGUGUGUCGGUCAGAGGUGUUUUCCUUCUGUUGACGUAUCCGUGGCUCUAA